AUGGGCCUGGCGCCCAGGCAUCUGGGCAAGGGCGGCUACGGCACCACCUUCCACAACAUCCACAAGGACCUCGUGAUGAAGUACGCACACACUCUGGACACCUUCCGAUCCUUCAUUGUGGAGGCCAAGGCGAUGGUGCUGUUUUGCAAGUACCACGGCUUCCAGCGCCUCGUGGGCGUGUGUCCGGAGAAGAUGUGUCUCGUCACCAGGUACGCCGGCCACAGCCUCGACGCCCACGUGGUCGGCCGCCUGCACACGGAGCAAAGGAUGUCUUUUUGUGAGCAGGUGUGCAACAUCGUGCAAAGCAUGCACACGCAAGGCCUUGCUCACAACGACAUCAAGCCAGCCAACGUGUGCGUGCGGAUGGCCGCGGAGGGACCCCAGGUCACCGUGAUUGACUUCGGUCUGACCAUGGUGGCCGGGACGCUGCCGAGGCUGGGGAUCGAGUGGAAGGAGCGGCUGCCCUACGCCCCCGAGAUCUGCGGGAACGAGAGGAAGGGCCCGUGCGGCUGCCUUUCCGACGCAUAUGCCGUGGGCAAGCUGCUGCUGUUCCUGUUCGGCGGGAAGCAGCAGAUGCCGCAGCUGCUGAGGUGCUGGUUCGCCAAGAGCCAGGACAUGAGGCCGAGAGAGCGCCAGGGCUUUGGCUCGCUGCUGGAGGCCCUUGAGCAGGAGAGGAUCCGCCUGCUCCGCCGCUUCUGCUGA